AUGAGCAUCUUCCGCAUCGAGCGUGACGGGGAGGCGAAACGAUUCAGACACUUCCAGACCUCUCACGCAAGCCAAGUCGGCGAGCGACGUCUCCUUUGGCAUGGAUCUCCAUCGGUCAAUUUCAUUGGGAUCCUCAGUCAGGGUCUGCGAGGCAAUGCACAGCACAAGGCCUUGCCCGGCCGUCAAGGCAGCAUUUUCUUUGCUGACAUCGCCGACAAAUCGACGGGAUACAGUCUCAAGAGCAACUCGGCGUCUAUGGUAAUCCUACUGCUACUAUGCGAGGUGGAACUCGGGAAAGGUUUGACUCCGAAUACGGUUCGGGGUUCGAUUGCGUACCUGUCCCCGGGUUCGACCGAUUACAAUCGAUGGUGCGACGCUGGAAAGGUCCACCCAGAUCUUAAGGGCAUUCUCAUGCCCGACGUUUCUGGUGGCCAUUCUUCUGCGACGAGAAGCGCAUAUACGACAGGAGGACAUAAAGAGUGGGUGGUCAGCGACCCUGCCCAGGUCCGCCAGCGGUACUUGUUCCAGGUUAAAGUGACGACAGGUGGUUAUUAUUACUGA